CAUCCUCAUGACGGCUUCAGACCACUCCACGCGCUCAGUCAUUGACCGGCGGGUGCGCUUCGACGACAACAUGGCUUCCAAUCCUCGGGCCUACGACGACGAGGAGCUCUCCAUCUCCCUCUCGCCCUCCCAGAUCCGUCGCAACACCCGCAAUGGCCAGCCCGUGCCCCAAAUCAACGUCACGUCCGACGCCACACAGCAUGCACCCCGCGACCGCCAGCCCUCGGGUCCAUCCCGCGAGAAGAUCAAGACCGAGCAGCGCAUCGGCGCGUACAACGUCAUCCGCACCCUUGGCGAGGGCUCCUUUGGCAAGGUCAAGCUGGCCGUGCAUCGCAUGACGGGCCAGCAGGUUGCGCUCAAGAUCAUUUCGCGCAAGAAGCUCAUCAGCAGGGACAUGGUCGGUCGGGUCGAAAGAGAGAUCGAGUACCUGCAGCUUCUGCGCCAUCCCCAUAUCAUCAAGCUCUACACUGUGAUCAAGACUCAGAAUGAGAUCAUCAUGGUGCUCGAGUAUGCCGGCGGCGAGCUGUUCGAUUACAUAGUAUCACACGGACGACUUCCCGAAGAAAAAGCCCGGCGCUUCUUCCAGCAGAUGCUCUGUGCUGUCGAGUACUGCCACAGGCACAAGGUCGUCCACAGAGACCUCAAACCCGAGAACCUCCUGCUCGACGACAACCUCAAUGUCAAGAUUGCCGAUUUCGGUCUAAGCAACAUCAUGACGGACGGCAACUUCCUAAAGACGAGCUGUGGAAGCCCGAACUAUGCCGCGCCCGAGGUCAUCAGUGGCAAGCUGUACGCGGGACCCGAAGUCGAUGUGUGGAGUUGUGGUGUCAUCUUGUACGUGCUGUUGGUAGGAAGACUACCGUUCGACGACGACCACAUUCCAAGCUUGUUCGCCAAAAUCCAGCGCGGCGUCUUCACCGUCCCCCAAUGGAUCCCGUCGGAUGCAGCCGCACUCAUACGGAAGAUGCUACAAACGAACCCCGUCCAGCGCGCGACCAUCGAAGAAAUCCGGGCCGACCCGUGGUUCAUGAAAGACCUGCCGUCCUACCUCGCACCUCCGGUCGAGGAGUUCGUCAACACCGGCGCGGACCCGAACAAGGCUAUCAGGCCCAGUGAUAUUGCACCCUUUGCGCCGCGUAAAGUUCAGGAGCAGUUGCACAAUGAAGUCACAGAGAAGAUCAGUAAGACGAUGGGUUACGGGAAGCAGGAUGUCCAGGAAGCUCUCGAGGCAGACGAGCCCUCUGCGAUCAAGGAUGCCUACAUGAUUGUGCGCGAGAACAAGUUGAUGCAAGGAAAUACAGCAUAUGGCACGGGCGCGGAGAACCCAUAUUUCGCCACAUCACCACCAGCAGGAGGCGACCAGUCUGGUAGUCUUGCUGAAAGUCUGCACGCCGCAGCAGCGCCGAAGGAGGAGCCUGGCAUUCCAACCCCUUCCGAAUCGCAAGCAAGCCCGAUGGCUGACUCGACACGGUCAACAACGUCCACGAUUGCCGCACGCACUCAUGUGAGCAAGGUCGGAAUCCUGCCCACAAGCUUGCCAGGUCUCCACAAGGAGUUCAUGGAGCGACAUGCAGUUGGUAUCGAAGAGUCACUUGACUCGCAGCCGAUACCAGACAUGCCUGUCCAGCCACGUACUCCUGCCGAGCAACAGGAAGCUGCGCGGAGAUUGAAGCCUCACUCUAAGAGCGCCCGGCCGGACGAGCAGAACCGCCCUGCGGCUAUGACCCCCGUCCAGCCAAAAAAGCAGAAGCCCACGCGAUGGCAGUUUGGCAUUCGGUCCCGGAAUGCCCCGUGGGAAGCUCUUUUGUACAUUUACAAGGCUCUUUCCAAGCUUGGCGCUACAUGGGUGCCAGACGAGGACUAUGAUACUGUAGCCGCGGAAGGCUCUGAACAAACCGAGAAAUUUGUCAACCACAACACCCCUCGCGGCAACCCCUACAAAGGCAAGACGCCCGAAGAGAUAGAUCCUGCGACUUUUGAUCCAGCGAGAUACUAUCGGUUACCUGCGGAUCCUUGGCACAUUAUAUGUCGGUGGAAGAAAGAUGAUAUCCGCAAGAGCACAGCUGCCUAUGGUGGAUCGUCAGCGGAUGCCGCGACUGAGGAGAACAUGCGCAUUUACUCGGUGCUGGAUAAGAGAAAGCAAGACUUUGUGUUUAUGCGCAUGGAGAUCCAGAUCUACGAGAUGGAGUACGGGGUGUACCUGGUCGACUUCAAGUGCUCCGGGUACGAGCGGCAGGAUGGCAGCAUGCUGGAGGAGAAGGACGUCAUGAGCCCGUUCCCGUUCCUCGACAUGGCGGCGCGGCUGAUAAUGCAGCUCGCCGAGGCGGAUUGAGGGACGCAGCAACGCGUGGCGUUUCCAUGCUGGGUUUUACAUUGCGGGUGGUGCAGAGGCGUUGGGAGUUCUUUUAGUCUGGGAAAGGGACGACAUGUACAACCGAGAGCUUGUUUGGGGUCGUGGCAUUUAUCAUCAUAUAUACGCCUUGUGAAUCCAUCGAUUCUUCCCAAGCCUGCGGCUCGUCGGCAGGUACUUCUUGAGGUGACAUCCAGACGGAACGGCCAUGACUGACCCGACACGUCGAGUACGAAUAGACAAGUUUGGGAGGUCUGCUUUACUGGUACAUUUGAAGCC